AUGUCCAAACGUACCCUAGUGUCACCCUCGGCAUCACCGAGCCGUCAAAAAAAGAAAGCCAAAGUCACGACAGGACAAGCCCGGCUUGAUACAUUCUUCGGCGCCUCGUCCAGUCGGACGCCAGUGCCAGCUAGCCAAUCUUCGUCGAACGUUCCCUCCCCCAAAGCUGCCAGCUCAACCGGCAGGAAGGAACAAGCGAAGCGUCCUCUGACAGAUGAGGAGCUCGCCUGGGCACUAGCGGCGGAGGACGGUCUCGACUUGGAAGCGCUCCGCAAACUCGAGGCAAAGAAUGGAGCACUGCCCUCUAGCAACCUGUCAACGGUCACGCCUCGCGAGGACCCACACCCCGAGGUGAUAGACGUCGACCAACUUGACGACGCUCCACAGCAGAAUGUCCCUGGUCCGUCCAGUCGGCCUGCUAAACCUUCAACACCGGCGUCUCUUCGUACGACACACCCAGGGAAACGUCUAGUUUCCGCGGCGGGCCACAAACAGACCAUUGGCAGCGUCUCGCGGGCCUCUGUGCCAGGAGAAACCUCUGCCGUCCCGUGUGUAGAAGUCUCUUCAGCUGCUGAGGGUGUCGCCGCGGAAGCGCUCCGCAAAUUGAACGCGCACGGCGGACUCGGAGCAGCUACUGGUAGUCUGUCAGCGACUCUGCCCUGCGAGGAGACGCAUUCUGCGGUGAUUGACGUUGAACAACUUGAACAUAUCCCGCAAGAGAACGACCCUGGUCCCUCUAGUCGCCUUUCUCCGCCCACUAAACUUACGACGCCGACCUCUGCCCUUGUGACACACCCUCCGGAGCGCUCUCCCGUCUCGGGCUCUAAACAUACUAUUGGCAAUGCCAAGCCGUCCGCUACGCCAUCUUACAACCCUCUUGACGUCGACUCGCCUAGCUACCGUCUGGACUGCGCUGCAUGGCCUCCCAACGCGCCGGUACCAUACUCAUUCCUCACCCACGCCCUUGCUACACUCUCUGGGACGCGCUCGCGGAUCGCCAAGUUAGACACUCUGACGAACGCUCUCCGUACUAUCAGCCACCAGCACCCUCCGUCACUGCUUCCGGCACUAUACCUGUUAUCAAAUACCCUUUCGCCGCCUUAUUCCCCCAUUGAAUUGGGCCUCGGGCCGUCCAUAAUCUCUAAAGCCAUCCAGCAUGUUUCAGGACUCUCUUCUGCCGCGUUAAAGCGUCUCUACAAUUCAACCGGCGAUCCAGGGGACGUGGCGUUUGAGGCAAAAUCCAAUGUACGAACGCUAAUUCCGCACCCUCCUCUUCUUAUCAUCGGCGUAUACGACGCCUUGAUAAAAAUCGCUGGAGCGAAGGGUUCGGGCGCCGCAAAGACUAAACAAGCGGUCGUCGAGAAGCUGUUAGUCGCUGCCAAAGGGGAAGAGACGCGAUUCCUCGUACGCACCCUUUGCCAGAACCUCCGCGUGGGUGCCGUACGGACGUCUUUGGCAGCCCUGGCCCGGGCGACGGUCCUCAACCCUCCGCCCGCAGUCUCUGCGGCGUUAACCAGUGACUCGACAUUUCAUAUUAGUCUAGAGACUCUUGCUGCCAUAAAACCACUUGUUGGCAAGAAGAAGGUCCCCGACGACGCCCGGGACGCACUGAAUGCAAUCUUCGCCCUGGCUGAGGGCGCUAUCAAACGGGUCUACGUUCAGCACCCCAACUACGAUCAUAUCGUGCGCGCGCUGCUCGAAGGCGGUUUAGAAGGCCUCGCGGACCGCCUCCCUCUGACGAUCGGUGUCCCAUUACUCCCGACCCUAGGGUCCCCUACGCGGUCCCUGGAUGAGAUCUACGAUCGCCUCGGGCUGCUGCCUUUCACGGCAGAGUUCAAGUAUGACGGUCAGCGCGCCCAGAUUCACGCAUCAAGGGGCCUGGGCUCUAAACACACGGUGAAAAUAUUCUCGCGGCAUCUCGAGGACAUGACCGACAAGUACCCGGACGUGGUGUCAUUGGUCGGCGAGAUGCUGGACGCCGCGCCGCAGACGCAGUCCUUCAUCAUCGACUCCGAGGUCGUCGCCGUGGACCCCGCCACCGGGGAGCUGAAGACGUUCCAGGAGCUGUCGAACCGCGCGCGCAAGGACGUCAAGCUCGACGACGUCAAGGUCGCCGUGUGCGUGUUCGCCUUCGACGUAAUGUUCCUGGACGGUCAGGUCCUAAUAGAACGGCCGUUCCGCGAGCGCCGAUCGCUUCUCCGCACACGCUUCCCCGCGUACACCCCGCCACAGAAGGGCGCGGCGCGCUUCGACCACGUCAGAAGCGUCGAGAGCGAGGACGGGAGGGAAGCCGUCGAGGAGUUCUGGCAGGCGGCGGUGAACAGCUCGAGCGAAGGGCUGAUGGUCAAGCUUCUUGAUAGCGGAGAGGUUUUGGAAGAACCUACCCAGAAUAAAGAGAGACCGCGGAGGAAGCCCCUUCCUGCCACAUACGAACCAGAUAAACGGACGUCCGCGUGGCUGAAGCUCAAGAAGGACUACGUCGUCGGGCUCGGUGACAGCCUUGAUCUCGUUCCCAUCGGCGCAUGGCAUGGCAACGGGCGAAAGGUGCAGUGGUGGAGCCCGAUCCUGCUGGCCGUCUGGGAUCCCACCGCGGAGAAGCUCGUGGCAGUGUGCAAGUGCAUGUCGGGCUUCACGGACGCGUUCUACAAGAGCUUGCACGAGCGGUACCCCGAAAAUUCGGACACCUGUUCCUCGCACCCACUAUGGCAGCCCGAGUGUGAUACGGGAGGACUUAGGCCGGAGGUGUACUUUAAGCCGCAAGAGGUGUGGGAGAUACGAGGCGCUGACAUCACUAUAAGCCCCGUGUCGGUUGCCGCGCUAGGACUCGUGUCCCAAACGAGAGGACUCAGUCUCCGAUUUCCGCGGUUCAUAUCCAUCCGGGAGGACAAAGGGAUCGAGAACGCGAGCGACCCGGAAUUUCUUGCGAAGAUGUAUCGUGAUCAGCAAUCUGCUGGGAAGGACCAGACCGGCGCCGAUGAAGGGGAGCUCGUGGAUGUCGAUCUAGACGAGGGGCCGCCGGAGGACGAGGACGAAGAGUCGUCGUAG